AUGUCUGCACAAAUCGUCAGCGCCGCCAUAGGGGUGAUGAACCCCCUCAUCAGCAAGCUUGCCACACUGAUGGGUGACAAGUACACUAAGCUCACAGGGGUGAGGAGACAGGCCUCAUUCCUCAAGGAUGAGCUAAGCACCAUGAAAGCCCUGCUUGAGAAGCUUGAGCUCAUGGACGAGCUUGAUCCCUUGGCCAAAAACUGGAGAGAUCAUGUCAGGGAGAUGUCCUAUGACAUGGAGAAUUGCAUAGAUGACUUCAUGCGUGACCUUGGAGGCACUGAUGUCAAAACGGGAUUUAUCAAGAAGACCGCUAGACGUCUCAAGACGUUGCGCAAGCGUCAUCGCAUUGCUCAUCGGAUGGAGGAGCUCAAGGUCCUUGUUCUACAGGCAAAUGAACGACGCAUGCGGUACAAGAUUGAUGAUUGUAUCAAUUCUACUUCUCGGAUCGUUUCAGUCGAUCCUCGGAUAUCGGCGAUCUACAAGCAAGCAGCAGGCCUUGUCGGUAUUGAUGGCCCAAAGAAAGAGCUUGUAAGUUGCUUGACAGAAACCCAGGAUAACCUCAAGGUGGUGGCUAUUGUUGGCUUUGGUGGUCUUGGUAAAACUACACUUGCCAAGCAAGUGUAUGAUGAGAUCGGAGGACAAUUCGGUUGCAAGGCAUUUAUAUCCAUUUCCCAAAGACCUGAUAUGGCAAGCCUCCUUAGUGGUCUACAAUUGAAGCUUGGGAUGAAGGAAGAGUCAUCUCAUGCUCACGAGGUGCAAGAUAUCAUUGGUUGUCUUAGAGAACAUCUCACACAUAAGAGGUACCUAGUUGUAAUUGAUGACUUAUGGGAUCAAUCAACAUGGAAUAUUAUGAGUUGUAUCUUUCCAGACGUUGCUAAUGCAAGUAGAGUAAUAUUAACUACUCGAGUUAAUGAUGUGGCUAUUUGGGCAUGCCACAAUGACCGUGAAUGUGUUUACAGAAUGAGACCCCUCAAAGAACAAGACUCAAGAAUGUUGUUCUGUAAUAGAGUAUUUGGUUCCGGAUAUGCAUGUCCACCGCAGUUAAAAGAGGUUUCAGCUGAAUUUUUGAAGAAGUGUGGAGGGUUGCCACUUGCAAUCAUCACUAUAGCUAGCCUAUUAGCUAGUUGUCAGUCAAGGUCAAAGGACGAGUGGCAGAGCAUAAGAAAUUCUCUUCGUGCCAAGUUUGCCUCAACUCCGACAAUGAUAGAGGUGAGGAGUAUAUUGAACCUUAGCUACAUGCAUCUUCCUCUUCAUCUCCGCCCAUGCCUGCUAUACCUUGGCAUGUAUCCAGAAGACCACGAGAUUAUGAUGCGUGAUCUGGUUCUACAAUGGGUAGCCGAAGGAUUUGUAAGUAAUUCUCAUGGAUCAGAUAUGGAGGGUGUUGCGAAGAGUUAUUUUAAUGAGCUUAUCAAUAGAAGCCUGAUUCAGCCUGAAAAGAGGAUAGGCAAUGAGGUGGUGGAGUCUUGCAAAGUGCAUGAUAUGAUGCUUGAUUUGAUCAUUAUGAAGUGUGCAGAAGAAAAUUUUAUUAGUGUGGCAUAUAAUUGUGAAGAUGUUGCAAGAAUGCAUGCCUUCAAGCACAAGGUUCGUAGAUUGUCCUUGAAUCCAAGCGCUAAGGAUGCAACAUCAGGGAUCUUUCAUACUAGCAUGUCACAAGUUCGAUCAUUUUCACAGUUCGGGGAGUCCAAGUGCCAACCUCCUCUCUCGCUAUUUAAGUACCUUCGGGUGCUGGUGUAUGAAUUCUCAUACAAAAGGGGUACAACACUUGACCUCACCUGUAUUUGUCAAUUGUUUCAACUAAGGUAUCUGAAAGUUGUUGCAUUCCAAUGCAUUGUACAUCUCCCUACCAAAAUUCAAGAGCUUGUUCAUUUGGAGACGAUGCAAAUAGCUAGCCGACCGACGCAAAACUUUCCUUCAGAUACAAUUUUCUUGCCACGAUUGUCUCAACUGACCCUUCCGAAAGGUAUAGGGCUGCCCCAAGGGAUCAAAAGCAUUAAAUCAUUGCGUGCUCUGGACUGCUUUGAUAUUGGUAAGAGCUUGCUAGAGGAUAUUGAUGGCCUUGGUGAGCUGACCAAUCUCAGGAUCUUGAUGUUCCAUGGCAAAGUAGAGGUGGAGGUAUUUGAUGCUUUGCUAUCCUCAAUUGGAAAGCUCUCUAACCUCAGAGUACUUAUUGUCCAUGGGGAGUCUUCUAAACAUUAUUGCGAUGUGAUAUACUCACUGCCCAACUCUCCUCUCCAUAUCGAGAAAAUUUAUCUACGAGCGUGGUUGUUGAAGAGAAUUCCCAAUUGGAUUGGCGACCUCCAUUGCCUUGGUAGCCUGUCUUUGACAAUUGAGCUUCUAUCGACUGAUGAGGUUUAUGUUGUUGGAAAGCUUCCCUCCCUCGUCCAGCUAUAUCUUUGGGUGACAAAUAUAACUAAAGAUAUUGGUGUUGCAAUAGUCCGCACAGGAUUAUUCCCCAUCCUGGAGGACCUUAGACUCUUCUCUGAAGAUAAUGAUGAUACUACAAUAUGCGUGGAGUUCGAGGCAGGGGCGAUGUCCAACCUACGACUACUCGGUCUAGAAAUAUGUGACAAGUGGGAUGGUGCUAUGCCACUGGGCAUGGAACACCUGCUGGCACUCGAGCACAUUCGUAUAGGUGUAAGAUCCUCCGUCCACAAGCGACAUGAUGUCGAGACUGCUUUCAGGACUGCCGCUGAUGUGCACCCAAAACGCCCUUCCAUUACAAUGUUCGCUUGA